AUGACUCGUGCUGCUGAACGCCGUGAUCUUCAAGCUUCGACCCACUUGCAUGUUCUCGAGGACGAUCAACAUUCUGGAGAGGGGGUAUUGUCGCAGCCUUUGGCCGAGCAAUCUCUUUUGGCAAGCUACGCCUCAUCAUCUUCUACUUGCAAUCAUGCAAAGCCCAUUGACACCGCCACACCACCAAACCCAUCUUCUACUUCGCCACCUUUGCCAAGCCCAUCUCUUUGA